AUGUCUAAUAGUAUUAAUCUAGAAGAAACUGUAAAUGUUCCAUUACUCUAUCUAAUGCAAUUACAAUAUCUUGCAAUACAAUCUAUUGAAAAAAUACACAAUACCAAACAAUCUGAAAUAGUUGCUGCAAAUAAGAACAUUUCAAAUAAUGAAGUUUCAAAGGAAAUAGGUAACAUGUGGAAUAAAGAGUCUUUGGAUGUAAAAAUGAAAUUCCAAGUUAUGGCUGAUAUUGCAAAAUUAAAUCAUAUGCAAAAAUAUCCUGAAUACAAAUAUCAGCCUCAUCGUAAGAAGAGGAGAUCUAAAAGAAAUUGUGAAUUUUCAAUAAAUGAAACAAAGUCAAAAACUAACCAUGAGAAUUAUCUUUUGUCUGAACAACUACCUCCUUUGAAUGGGGAAAUAAAUUCAGAAAAUAAUGUUUUUGUCGAUCAGAACUUGGAUAAGCAUAGUCUCCAGUUAAUAAGCAAUAAUCUUAAUUUGUCAAAUGAAAUUUCAGAAAACUCUCAGGAGGUUGCAAAUAUGUUUAAUUACCAUUUCAUAUUUGUUAUAAAUUAUGAUAACGAGAACUUAAUGAUACAAACUUACCACUGA